AUAGCCGGAAGCAGCGACGGUAAAUGGUGCCAUGAACGGCUGCUGUAGUAGUUUGCAGAGCAGGGAAUACAGGAUACUUCAAUCGUACAUGUCUGGCCAGACCUAUAAAGGGCAGCCAGCGAAGAGGCCGAGGCACUCUGGGGAGGAAGGGUCAAUGCCAGACAAUCCUUCGGCAUGACGGAGACAACCUGCUCAUUUCUAGAAUGGCACUCUCGGGACCGGAGGCUAUCAUCAUCAGUGGGAGAAUUAAAUCCGAACUGCGAGGCGAAAAUCAUGGCCGACGACAACAUCACCGAGCUUGGAUACAACGAGCGUGGGGAAUUAUGGGUUCGCGGCCCGAAUGUCAUGAAGGGAUAUUGGAAGAAUACCAAGGCAACAAUGGAUACCAAGACCGCUGAUGGCUGGCUGAAAACGGGAGAUAUUGCCUACGUCGACACUGAUAGUCGAUUCUAUAUCGUCGACCGAAAGAAGGAAAUCAUGAAGGUACAUGGAAGGCAAGUAGCACCCGCGGAACUCGAAGCACUUUUGCUUGAACAUCCCGCCAUUGCUGAAGCUACAGUAGUUGGAAUAUCAGUCGACUGUGACGAACGACCACGGGCUUAUGUUGUACGACUGCUGGGACAGGAGGUUACGGAGGAGGACAUCCAUCGUUUCUUCAAGGAUUCCAAUGUGGCUCCUCACAAGAGACUGACUGGCGGCGUUAUAUUCUGCCCGUCACUUCCUAAGAAUGCUUCGGGGAAGAUUCUUCGACGAGAGCUCCGCGCCUGCGCUCAGAAGGAAUUCCAGGGGACGGUAAUCGCAGGUUAAUGCCUGCAUUUCAUGUUGUAAGCAAAGGGGUCCGACUUAUGCCAUAUGGAAGUCGCAAAGGCCGUCCUAUUACAGUCCAUUCGUCGUGGGGAUACAUAGAUAGAGGCAGUGUUCUUAAGCAGUCCCACACUUGCUAGCCAAGACAGAGGCAUCGCAUAGAAUCACUGGCUGUGAAUAGAAAGGUUAUUGUGUGUAAAA